CCGGGCUCCCAGUUCCUCCAGCGCCAACCCUGCUAUGCAUUACCCAAGUUCAUUCGGCUUUUUCAGACCUAAACCAGUUUUGACACUUUGACAGGAAACUUUUAUCCUUUUUUUUAAAGAACCACCCAUUCCAUCAUUUUAUCCAUUUCUGCCCUUGACACGGGGUUGGAUUCGUUCCCGCAAAGGUUGUUUUUAAAACCUUUUCCUCCCUUCUAACUGAAUGUGGACUCUGAAAUAUCUGAAACUUUUACUUUUCAAUCAUUCCCAUUGAGAGAAAGCAUCUCUCCAGCUGCCUUUUUUGACCGUGAUGCUGGAGGUCAUGAUUUAAAAGCUCCAAGGAAAAGAGUGGAAGCAUCGCCUGCAUCCUCUCUUUUGUCUUUGUUGCAUCUCUGCAUCUUUAAUUAUAUAACUGGGAUGUAAGAAGACACUAAACCGGUGUGGUUUGAUUUUUUCUUUUCAUCCACAAAGGAAUUAACAAUGGCGAGAUUUUUGUUGAACAUGCGUCUUGUUCUGAUUUUCUUGGGAUUAUUUUUGCUCUCUUCUCCAUCCGCAAGAUCCGAGCCGGAGCAACAGGACGAAGAGGAGGAGGAGAGCUCCUGUCAGGGCGCUUUUGACCUGUAUUUUGUGCUUGAUAAGUCCGGCAGUGUGAAGAAUCACUGGGAGGAAAUCUACUACUUUGUGGAGAAUCUAGCAGAGAAAUUCAAAAGUCCCAUGCUGAGGAUGUCCUUCAUAACAUUCUCCUCCAGAGCAUCCACCAUCAUGAAACUGACGGAAAACAGAGUGGACAUCAGAAAGGGGCUGAACGCUCUGAAAAGAGAGAUUCCUGGUGGAGACACAUUCAUGCACCUUGGAUUGCAGAGGGCAAACGAGCAGAUACACCAGGAGAACUUUGGCACAGCCAGCGUGAUUAUUGCACUGACAGACGGAGAGCUGCAGGAAAAUCAGCUUAUUACUGCACAGCAAGAGGCGGAGAGGGCCAGGUCUCUUGGAGCCAUUGUGUACUGUGUUGGCGUCAAAGACUUCAAUGAGACACAGCUGGCCACCAUUGCAGAUACCAUCGAGCAUGUGUUUCCUGUGUUGGGCGGCUUCCACGCCCUCCGGGGAGUCAUUGAUUCGAUCAUCAAGAAAUCCUGUAUUGAGAUUUUGGCAGCCGAGCCCUCCAGUGUGUGUGCAGGAGAGUCUUUCCAAGUGGUGGUGAGAGGAAAUGGGUUUCUCCAUGCCAGGAACAUCAACCAGGUGCUCUGCAGCUUCAAAAUCAACGACACCAUUACAGUCAAUGAAAAGCCGGCCGGCGUAGAAGACACAUUUCUACUGUGUCCAGCUCCUGUCAUUGAUGAAGUUGGGAAGGUCAUUUAUCUCCAAGUGAGCAUGAAUGACGGCCUGUCCUUCAUCAGCAGCAACGUGCACAUCACCACCACAGAGUGUUUUGAUGGCACCAUUCUCCUGAUCACCCUGCUGGUGUUGUUCCUCCUGCUGGCCCUGCUUUUCAUGUGGUGGUUCUGGCCUCUCUGCUGCACUGUGGUGAUCAAAGAACCACCUCCUCCACCUCCUCCUGAGCCCGAGUCAGAUGAUGAAGACGGCCUGCCCAAGAAGAAGUGGCCCACUGUGGAUGCCUCAUAUUAUGGAGGAAGAGGAAUCGGAGGGAUCAAGAGGAUGGAGGUGCGUUGGGGAGGGAAAGGCUCGACCGAGGAGGGGGCUAAGCUGGAGAAGCCAAAGAACGCUGUGGUGAAAAUGCCGGAGCAGGAGUACGAGCCCUUCGAGCCCAAACCUAAGAAAGCUCACAACAAGAAGGCGCCUCAGAACCGGAAGUGGUACACGCCCAUCCGGGGUAAACUGGAUGCUAUCUGGGCUCUGUUUCGCCGCGGGUACGACCAGGUCUCCCUGAUGAGACCCCAGCCUGGAGAUCAUGGUCGAUGCAUCAACUUCACAAGAGUGAAAGACGAGUCAGCGGCAGCCAAGGCCCCCCAUCGCACCCCGAUCCACACACCCUCGCCCCCGCCACCAGACUACCGCCCUGUGACCCGCACCGCCUCCUCGUCGCCCACCUCCACCAGCCCUCCUGCCAGAUCACCCCCGUCAGGCCAGAUACCCCCAGGACCGCCACCAUCUCGCACACCCCCGGGGCUUCCUUGUGCACCGCCGUCACGUCCCCCGCCCAGCCUUCGACCCUGAAUCACACAGACAAACCCCUCCCACGUCCCAACGCACCCGCUUUGAUAUCACAGACUUUCUGCUCUGCUGACCAGUUCUUUCAGUUUGAAGGUUGUGGUCCUCGCUGCCCAAGAUACUCCCGCUAUUGGCCAAAGAUCAGCAGUAUUUUGAAUCCCAGUCGUUCUGUGUUCCUCUUCUCGCAUCGGAAAGAAUGUCAAGUGAAACUGUGAGAUGGCAGGAAGUUAUUUAAACAUGCUAACACCAAGCAUGAUACAUUCUGGAGGUAACAAAUGUUAUAUAUAAUACCAGGAUACAUCGGUGAAAUAUUACCAACCUCAAUGCUCUCUGUGUUCACUGUUUAUAUGCAAAGUGAAGUGUGGAGCCCCCAAAACAAAUUAGUAUUUGAGCAAGAAAGAUUAUUUUGACAAAAAGUUUGACUUGACAUUCAGUUGCAUACAUAGGGCGAUUGGCGUGAUACGGGGAAAUAUUUUAGUUAGUGUUGGCGUUUGUAAGAUCAGGGAGGAUUGUUGCUGGACAGCAAAGCAUGUAGGGACAGGAAGUCCACAGAAGAAUACUGCGAUGGAUGAAAUUUCUUUGUUGUCUUUAUCAACUACUGAGUUAGGCCAUUGUUGUCAAGAGUGAAGUUGAAAAGUAGGUUGUACAUGAAAAUCUAAGUUUAAACAUUGAGCAGAAUGGAUUGGCUUAUUCCGCCAUUGCUAUGGUGGUGCAUCACAGGUUUUGGGAAUUAGAUUUCAAAGCAAUUUCAAUUGGUUGUGUUGUUAAUGGUGUUGAGUAACUAAGCUGAUUUGCUAAAAAAAUUUUGGACAUUGUUACUUGUACUCAGUGUUUUUCUUCACCUUCUUGUGAUGUUUCUUCUAUCCAACAACAUGCUAACCCAAAUAAUUCCAGCCCUGUAAUACAAAAAUGAUUCAGUUACAUGAUUUAGUGGUCCAGUGUAGGUACCAUUCAGUGACAGGGAAGUGUACAGAUGUUAUGUGGAAGGUAUGUUUUUACAAUAUGUGUUUAAGAUGAGUUUUUGAGUGUUACAUUGGUUAAUAUCUUUGAGGCUUUGGAUUUUGUCCUUAAACACCUUAUCAUGUAGUUGAAAUUAUAAUACAGCGAUAUGUCUUUUUGUUGUUUUGUUUUUUUUAAUGGUAUCUGCGCACAUAGACUGCUGGGCAACUACAGUAUGUAUUUGUUUUUGUUAGCAUUUGGACAUUGAAACGAGCAACCAGAAAUCAGGUUAACGUCUCUCCUCACUUUUUUUUAAUACACAAUCCUGAUACUGUACUUUGAUACCAAUGUGUUUUUUAUGUCUUCAGUUUUAUCAUCACCGGUCACAUUGCAACUGCAGGGCAGUUCAAAGAGCAUCUAAUUUAUUUUACUCCCCGAGAGAAAUAAAGGAGAGUACUUGAAUAUUGACAAGGUGUCCAACCGCCAAGACGGACACUGUGCGCAGAAUUUAGAAACACAACAGCUAGCCAGUUCACAGAAGGUUUACCAGCGUUUCUCAACCCCUCUGCUACAGUGAGAAACAUUUGAAACAGGAAGUGAUCCAGCUACAUUUUAUGCUGUGUAAAUUAAAAAAAACAAAAAAACUUUUGUAGCAGGCCAAAAGACGCCGCCAGCGACGUUUACAUGUUAGCAGUGACUACAUGCUAAGGGGGGGGACACCUCCCCGCCAAAAAUAAACAAGAACAGAACUAUGACAUUGUGGCUUCAGGGUGUAGAAAAGAGGGGGAAAUUUGCUGGUAUUCCUUUUAUAUCCAGUGCCUACUGGAAUUUUCAUCUUGUUUGAUUUUUUACACUUUCAUUUUGAUGUGUGUCAUUCAGCUAUUUUGUGUACUGUUGUGUUACUACAGGCAUUCAUAAUCGCUCUCAGUGCCUUAAAGCUGAAAGCUAAAAGAAAGGCACCUACGUUGCUUCUCUCAUGUGUCCAACCACCCACCCAUUGAAAACAACUUGAUCUGACUUGAAUUAGAACACAUUUUAAUCAAGGGCUGUAUGAGCAAUCCUCAAAUGAAUUGUGAUGCAUUGGUAUAGUUUCCAUGAACAAAUCAGACAUGUGUAAAACAAUCCAAUUUUGCUAGCAAUGUCUAGCAUUAAAUUUGACCCUCAUAUUUCCCACAACCCCUAUAGGUUCUGAUCAAAACAGCUACCUAGCUUUUGCUUUUAUAGCUCCAUUUCAAAACACAGUGCACCUUUUACAUAGAUUUUUUUACAUACAUUUUCUACAUACCUAUUUGUUAAGCCAUGUUACCUUUUAUGGCGAGACCACUGGGAAUUAGAUUUUCCUUAAAAAAGUCAGCUGUUUACAGAUUCCUAAACCCAGAACACAAUUAUACUGUAUUACGUUGUAAUUUGCUGCACCAUCAAACUGCAUCUUGGUUUGACUUACCCCGUUUUUUUUUUUUCAACUAAAGCAGAUCUCAUCGCCUCAGCUGAAACUUAUAAAUGACGCCAUCUUUACAAGAUACGAGGAGUGGAUGUAUUUCAUUUGUUACAUACACACAUCACACAUUUGAACGCUUGGAUAGAAACCCAAAGUAUAAUUACUUAAUUGUUGUUUAUGAGACUUAAAAGGUUUUGUUUUUAUACAGUGCGCGAAUAUUGUUCACCUCUGUAACACCUAAGAACGAAUUUCAGUAUAAAUGCAGCAUUGAUGUAGGAUCAGUAUUUGAGGGGGGAACUUCUGCAGGAGCUAUCGCUGUCAGAGCUCAAUGUCAUUCCUAAUCUUGAUGAGAUAUAUUAUGUUAACCAGUGUUUUUUACACAUAUAAACAGCAGUACUGAGUCAAAUAUGAAAGACGUAUAUGAUUUUCUCUUGUUGGUUGACAUGACUUUUUUUUAACAGUAUCAAUAAAGGUUGACUUCCAAGCUUC